AACCAUUGUUUUCUUUUAAACUUGUGUCAGAAGUAUCUAAAACUACUCUGAUUUAGAUCUGAAUAGGCUUUGCAUGCAGAACUAUCGGAAAGAUAAUAUACUGAUUGACAUUUUGUGCAACAGAAAUUUCAUAAUACACAAUGUAAGUAAUACAGCAUCAUCCUUCUGCUUUUUAUCUUACCUGGGAAACAAUGCCCCUGUGCAAAUGCUACCUUGCUGUCUGGCUUGUGAGUGGUCCCACAUUACAGUCUUCAGAAAAACUCAUACAGCAACAACUCUGGCAUUGAUCCUUUCCAGAAUGGAAACUGUGUAAAUUUAUAAUCAUUAACUUCAACGUAACUGUCGUUAACCACAGAUCUCAAAGAAUUUCAAGGAAGGGACAAGUAUUACGAAUACUGGCCGUUCACAGGUAAAAUAAGAGAGUACUAGUGGGUGAGUUUUAAAGAACCUUUGGCAAAAACUACAGUGCAUUAGAAUAACGCCACAGGGCCUAAUGAAAGAAGUUGCUAAAAGUUUACACCUAUUCACCACAAAAAUAGGCCUAGUUUGAUGGGCAGUGAACUGGCAAAGCCCUUUCUGCCCCCGCUCUUUGGCCAUAUUUCCUUAGUUCCCCGGCGGCGGUUCCCAGGACAACCGAGAGGCCCCGAGCAGACGGCGGCACACCCGGGAGCGAGGCCGAGCGCGGCCGGGCCGCCCGCACGGCUCCGCGGGAACCUCCCCGCUCUCGCGAGAACAGCGGCAGCCGGGCGGGCUCUGCCGCCGGGGCGGCGCGGCCAUGGAGCCGGGCCUGGAGGAGCUGAUGCCGCGGCUGCUGCCCGUGGGCGACUGUGACCUGGCCGAGGACUUCGAUCCCACCGUGCCUCCCAGGACACCCCAGGAGUAUCUGAAGCGCGUCCAGAUUGAAGCAGCUCGAUGUCCUGAAGUGGUCGUGGCACAAAUAGAUCCCAGAAAAUUGAAAAAGAAGCCGACAGUAAACAUUUCAAUUUCUGGAUGUCAGCCUGCUCCUGAGGGAUACUCUCCAACGCUCAAGUGGCAGCAGCAGCAAGUGGCCAAUUUCUCAGCUGUCCGUCAGAGCCUGAACAAGCACAGGAAUCACUGGCGGUCACAACAUUUGGACAGCAAUGUUACUAUGCCAAAAUCAGAGGAUGAAGAAGGCUGGAAGAAGUUCUGCCUUGGUGAAAGAGUAUACUCAGAAAUAGCUGCAUUACCUGAUAAUGAAAAUUUAGGAAUUGAUUACAUGAAGAUGGGCUUUCCCCCUUUGCUAAGUAUUGUAAGUAGGAUGAAUCAGGCAACAGUAACCAGUGUCUUAGAAUACCUGAUAAGCUGGUUUGGAGAGAAAAAAUUUACUCCAGAACUGGGUAGGUGGCUUUAUGCACUGUUGGCAUGCCUUGAAAAACCUUUGUUACCUGAAGCUCACUCCCUUAUUCGACAGCUGGCAAGGCGAUGUUCAGAAGUCAGGGCUCUGGAGCAGAACAAGAAUGAAGAACAGAUAUCAGCUCUGAACUUGAUCAUCUGCUUAGUUAGCAGGUACUUCGAUCAACGUGACCUGGCUGAUGAGCCUUCCUAGGCUGUUUUGAGAACAUCCACUAUUUUGGCUCACCACAGUACAAACAGCAUUAUCAGAGUUAACAGCAGGACACUGCAUUGUUCAGACCUGAAAUACUACACAAUCCUUUCAGAAUACCCUCGCACUAAAGCAUUUGGGACAGCUGUGAAUAACUUCAGCUGAGUUUUAGCUGAGAUUGUCAGUGUCUCCAAUGCCAUCAUUGUAAAGUGGUAACUGAAGUGUCCAGCAUCAUCUCUCAAGGUCCUGUCUUUGAAAACCGCAUUUUUGGUUAGAAAUUUCUACAAUCUGAGUAAUCUAUGGACACUGCUAUUGGGUGAAGUCUGAUGUUGCAUUACAAAUAAUUAUUCUUUUUCUAACAGACUUAUUGAGGACUUUUUAAAUAAAACUGAAGGAUUUA